AAGGCACCGCAGAUAGGUCUGAGAACUGCUCACACGACAUUAAAACCUUCCUCGUGAGUAACUCCACAAAUUUUUUGUUUCUUUCUGGAGAAAAUUCACAUCCUUCUGCUUAGGACACCCUUUGGAGUGUUUGUCAUCAAGGAAAACAGCUUUGGUCUUUGUUGUUGUGUUGAGUGUUGGGUAACUUGAAUAUCGUUUUGGCAUUUUUUGAUAGCGUGGCUUGGUUUGGUUUGUUGCUGUUCUGUGGUGCUGAUCUAGGAAGUUUGUGAUGCCAGAAAAGGUGGCUCCUUGGUCUUCUAUUAAUUGGCGUUUUGGGUUGCUCACUGCUCUUGUUUUGGGUGGCAUGGUUGUGGUUUGGACCGUUGAUGGAUUCACUGUUAGGAGCGUUGUUGAAGCUUGGAGCUGGAGGUAUGGUCAAGAUUCUUUUUCUCUGAGCUCCCAUUUUCCUAAUUCCACUCUUUCCCUUCAUCCAAAUCUCACUUUUAGUGAUUGUAGCUCCCCAUGUAGUCCACUUAGUUUGGAUCAAAAUCAAACCAAUGUGAACAUCACAUUUUCUGAGUUUAGUGAAACAGUUUCUGCUAAGAAUUCUAGUAGUAGUAGUAGUAGCAGUGGGGUGUCUGAUGAGCUUGACAAGAAAACCCCAGUGAAGCCCGAACUUAAGGGGCUUUCAACUUGGAUUUCGAGUGAAUUGGAGCCAAACUUGACUUCAAGUCUUCUAGCAAGAUGGUUAGCUCCAGGAGGAGAACCUUGUAAAGAUUCUAAGACAGAUAGAAUAUCAAUGCCUGGGUUGGAUGAUGGGAAGCUGAUAGAGCUAUCAGCUGGGGAAGUGCAUGAGUUUUUUUUUCAGGCGUUGGAUGAAUCAGGAAAGCCUCGCUGUUUAGGUGGGGAUUACUUUGAGACUGAUCUUUCGGGUGACUCAUGGAAAUCUAGGCCUCCGGUGAAAGAUUUCAGUAAUGGUUCUUACUCAAUUUCUCUUCAAGUUCAUCCUGAUUUUGUUGGGGUUUACAAUCUCACCGUAAUUCUACUUUAUAGACACUUUGAAGGUCUGAAGUUCACUCCAUGGAGAUUUGUACACGACCGAGUGGUUUGGAGUGUUGCAAUCAGGUUCUACAGUAGCAUUGCUCAGUUAACAAAACUUGAGACUUGUAAAGCUUCUGAUUUUGGUAAGGAUGUGUGGUGUGGAAGGUGGACCAGGCAUGGCAAGAAUGAUGACUGCAAUAUAGGUAAUGAUGGUAGGUAUAGAUGCUUGGCCCCAGAUUUUCCCUGUAAAGAACCAUGGUGUGAUGGUUCCUUGGGAGUUCUAGAGAGUAACGGUUGGGUGUACUCAACUCACUGCUCGUUCAAGAUGUAUUCAGCUGAGUCUGCUUGGAAGUGCUUGAAGAAUAGAUGGAUUUUCUUCUGGGGUGAUUCAAAUCACGUUGACACAAUACGUAAUAUGCUCAAUUUUGUUCUAGAUUUGCCCGAAAUACAUUCUGUCCCAAGGAGAUUUGACAUGAACUUUUCAAACCCGAAAGACCCUUCUCAAACAGUUAGAAUCACAAGCAUUUUCAAUGGGCAUUGGAAUGAAACACAAAACUAUUUAGGAUUGGAUUCUCUGAGGGAUGAAGGGUUUCAAAAUCUGUUGAAGAAGUACUUCUCAGAAGGCACAAUCCCAGACACUGUGAUCAUGAACUCAGGAUUGCAUGACGGUGUUCACUGGCGUAAUAUAAGAGCAUUUUCUGUUGGAGCAGACUAUGCAGCAUCAUUCUGGAGAGGUGUUAUGUUGUCAGUGAAGCAAAGGGGGUUAGCUUGGCCUAGAGUCUUUUAUCGUUCCACAGUCGCAACAGGUGGAUAUGCAAGAUCACUAGCAUGUAAUCCUUAUAGAAUGGAGGUGUUCAAUGGAGUGCUAAUAGAGAAAUUGAAGAAAGCUGGCAUCAUCAAUGGAGUGAUUGAUGACUUUGAUAUGACAUUUCCAUGGCAUUUUGAUAACCGGUGUAACGAUGGUGUUCACUAUGGAAGAGCUCCUGCAAAGAUGAAGUGGCGUGAUGGCAAAAUUGGUCAUCAGUAUUUUGUGGAUCUCAUGUUAGCUCAUGUUCUGCUCAAUGCAUUAUGUGCAAGCUAACAUGAGAGGUUCAGUUGGAAGAGAAGGGACAAUUAAAACAGUGUAAAAUUUCCUAUAAAGUGGAUAUGGUUGGAAAUGUAGGCAUUUCUUAUACAAUAAUAUGAUAGCAAGUCCAUGGAUAAAGAAAAGAUUAUUGAGGUAGCUCCACUAUAAAAUUAGAUUAAGCAUUCUUUCGUUCAUUGAUUUAUAAGCACUGAGUUGUGUAUUCAUGAACUCCGUUUGUAGAUUGACAGAGGAUUUAUAUCCUCUAAACACAUUUCUAUGAAUAAUAAAAAGCAAAAUUUAUAGGAUAUGCUUGAUUUGCAAAUCU